AUGGGCAAAGGGCAGAAAAUAAAAACGGCCAGCUGUGCAUCCGAUUCUGGUUAUACACCAAAUGGAGCUCGAUCACGAUCGGAAAUCGCUGUUUACAGUGAAUAUUUCGAAUCGAAAGGUGAUCCGAUCAUGGUGUUUGCCAUAGUGGUCGCCAAGGAUGGUGGUUCGAUGGCCCGCCUCGAGUACAUGAAGGAAGCAGUAAAACAACUGGAUUUUGUGACCACCAACGUCACCUACGAUGGACAUACGUUCUUCACGCUCUGCUCUGACUUCUGCCAGGUUAACGAACCAAUUCGGCACUUUUAUAAUGGCUUGGUGAUGAGGAACAAGUCAGCCAGAAUACAGGAUCAUUUCACAGUCACAUUUCCCAUCAUGAAUGUGCUCGGCAAGGAUCUCGACCUCAGCCCAAAUUUCUUUGGCGUUAGAACUAACAAAACUGACGAUACGGUGGAAUUCCUAAAAGUUGUCGCCUUUCAACUGCGAGCCAAUCCGCCAGCGAAUUGGACAAAAUACGAUUUGCAGGCAUACGAACGCCUCGUAUCUGCCUAUUUUCACACGGAAAUGAAGUCGGACUUGCUUGAGGUCUACUGUUUCUCGCUAACGUACACCUCAGAUGAGAUCGUCAGAACAGGAUUGACAAUCUUUCCAUACCUGGCUGUUGGCUUCGUUGUGAUGAGUAUUUUUUCCGUCGUCACCGUCUACUACAGCAGUUCGCGGAUGAAUCAGUGGAGCAACUACAAAAUCAUCGAUGCGAUUUUUGGCUGCAUCUGUCCGCUUCUGGCCACAUCAUCGGCACUGGGAUUCCUCUUUUGGUGUGGAUUUCGAUUUGCUUCGAUACUCUUCGUCACACCGUUUCUCGUAUUAGCUAUAGGUGUCGACGAUGCAUACCUGAUGAUGCAUUCAUGGAUGCGAUUUUCUGUUAAGGAUCCAACAAUGACGAAACGUGAGCGGUGGGUUAUUUGA